GCACGUAUGUUUUUUUCCCCCAGAAAAUAUACCAGAUGAGCUUCGAGAACCAUUUUAUACAGAUCAGUAUGACCAGGAACAUAUUAAACCUCCUGUGGUCAACUUGCUGCUGUCUGCAGAACUCUACUGUCGUGCGGGAAGUCUCAUCCUGAAGAGCGAUGCUGCCAAGCCACUUCUGGGUCAUGACGCUGUUAUCCAAGCUUUGGCCCAAAAGGGCCUCUAUGUUACAGACCAGGAGAAACUGGUGACAGAGAGAGACUUGCACAAGAAACCGAUUCAGAUGAGUGCUCAUUUGGCCAUGAUUGACACCUUAAUGAUGGCAUACACUGUAGAAAUGAUCAGCGUGGAAAAAGUUAUUGCGUGUGUGCAGCAGUAUUCCUCCUUCUUCCAAGCUACAGACCUGCCCUAUGACAUAGAAGACGCUGUCAUGUUCUGGAUAAAUAAGGCCAAUGAACAUUUAAAGGAUAUAAUGGAACAGGAGCAGAAGCUGAAAGAGCAACAGGGGGCAGAAACGCCAGGCGGUCAAAAGUCUCCUUCCAAGUGGUUUUGGAAACUGGUUCCUGCUCGAUACCGGAAGGAACAAACUCUGCUUAAGCAGCUGCCUUGUGUUCCCUUGGUGGAAAACCUGCUGAAAGAUGGCAGAGAUGGAUGUGCUUUAGCUGCUCUCAUCCAUUUUUACUGCCCAGAGAUUGUUAGAUUAGAGGAUAUCUGUUUGAAGGAAACCAUGUCGCUGGCUGACAGUUUGUACAAUCUGCAAUUGAUCCAGGAAUUUUGUCAGGAAUACUUAAACCAAUGCUGCCAUUUUGCACUGGAAGAUAUGUUGUAUGCUGCUUCUUCAGUAAAGAGUAACUAUUUGGUGUUCAUGGCAGAGCUGUUCUGGUGGUUUGAAGUGGUGAAGCCAUCAUUCGUCCAGCCCCGAGCUGUAGGUCAUCCACAAGCUGAUCCUCCAAUGGAAGCAUCUUCUGUUCCUCCUACAAAUGUCAAUCAGAGAAGUUACCCAGGUGUUUUGCAUGAUUCUGAUCUGAUAACCAGGUAUCAGCCCUGUUGA